AGAAAUUUAUUUUCUAUUCUUUUUUAUUUUGUAAUAUUCUGAAUAAGUUAUAAAUUCAGAAUUUUAUUUAUUUUUAUUACCGGGGCCGUUCAUCUUCCCCGUCCGUUGUAAUCCGUACAAAAAUUAUAACAAUCUUAAGGUAGUAGACAUAUCCGUGCGCAAUGGCGGGUAUGGACGGAUUCGGUUUUGACGCUCACACCAGAAACGGGAGUAGUUCCGAGACUCUGGUUGUGAACGUUUCGGCUGGAUUGGGUGGCUCUGUAGGGCAUACCACUCCGAUCAACAUUCCUUACGGAUCGAGUGUGGCCAUGGGGUCCACUCCGAUCACCACCUUCGUUGGAUCGAGCGCGACUAUGGGGUCCGCUCCGGUCACCUCGGUUAUUGGACCAACCGCGGCUACGGCCGCAAUGGUCACCCCACUCGGACCGAAUAUGGCUUCGGCCAUACCGUUCAUUCCCUCACUUGGACCGAACAUGGGUGUCUUCACAUCCGCACCGGUCGGACAUCCUACUCUUAUGCUGCCUGCGAACUCUGUCAAAGAACCGGCAAAGUUCACUGGUGUUGGUUUUAAAAUAUGGCAGCAAAGGAUGUUAUUUUGGCUGACCACCCUCAACCUUGCUAGGUACUUGAGGGAGGAUCCCCCUGUUGUGGGGGAGAACGCGGACGAGCCAACAGUUCACGCCAAUGUGGUGGAUCAUCCACUCAAAGAGGGUUCUUCCAAAGGGCCUACGCCAAACAAGGACAAGAAGAAAAUUGCAAGGACAUUAUGUCCUAGGGCAGAAUGCAGCGAGGUCUUUAUGAGCUGUACCUGCAAAAACAAAACACCGUGGAAGGACAGCGGAGUCGCCGGAGCUGUCCUUAAGGUGAAGAUAACAAAGUCAAGGCACAAAAAGAAAAUAAAUGAGGAAAGAAUUAAGACUCAGCCGUGCAAGGAAACAGAGGAAAGAGUUUGGAUCUGAAACGGAGUUCAAUUCCUUUCUCCUAAUUAAACUCGAAAACAGUGGACUCUCACUAUAAAAAGAAUCGUGAACAGCUACGGAGAGGGAGGAGAGAACAGAUCGGAGCAGAGCAGGUGCCGACCUAGGGUUCCGACCCUAGGUCCGGCGAUGGUGGAGACGACCAUGGAUUCUGGCAAUGGAGCACGGCAGGGACGGCUUGGGCUACUGUUGACGGCGAUUCCAUUGGUCCGGCUCUGAGCUUAGUUUGAACGCAGAAGCUAAUUCAGGGAGCUUUCUUCCUUUCUUAAUUUUAUUACUCCCUCCGUCCUAAAAUUAACUUCCCGUUUGACUUUUCACGGUCUCCAAUGCGAUACUUUGACCAUUAAUUUCUCCAUUUUUAUAUGAAUAUAUAUUAUAAAAAUAAUAUAUUUCAAAACUAUGUUUCAAAAUAAAUCUAUUGAUAAUAAAUUUAUAUGAAAAUUUGAUAUAUUUUUUCCGUAAUACACCGUCAAAGUUUUAAAAGUUUGACUGUAAAAGUCAAAAUGAGAAGUUAAUUUUAGGACGGAGGGAGUAUGUUUUUUUAAAGUUAAAAAUGGAAGAACCAAACUCCCAACCUCUCCUAAAUUGAUUAGCGUCACCGAGAAGUACUCCUACGAGCAUAGAAAUCAAAAUGGUGUAAGCGAAUAUCAGAGUCUCAUGGGCAACAAUGAACCCUAAGUUCAAGAAAUGUUAAUGAGCUAUAAGAUCUAAAUGUUAUCUGCUUUUCACGCAUCAUUCAGUAAAGGAAAUGGGGAAUA